AUGUGUGACCGAAUCUUCUAUAUUAACUCUAACCUGUCCUCUGUCCCCUGUGAGGCCAGUGCGUCAGCACCACCGCCUCCCACGCCGCACCCUACCCCUGCUUACUACCAUGUCAUCUACAGGGGAAAUGGAGAGAGCCAGAUGCGCUGGCAUGGGGAGACUUACUGCCUGGUUGGUGGCUACCGGGCCUAUGGGGAUGCUCCCAUUGCCACCCCUGCAAAGGCCAAGGAAGAGGAGCCAGCACCCAGGCAGGCUUCCAAGAGACGCCGAGCUCAGGAAGAGUCCCACAAAGAUAGAGGGUGCCCAAGCCCCAGAAUUCCUCGCCUGAGGCGUGGCAGCAAGAGGCGCGCCCAGAGAAGCUUGCUGGUUGGGCAUCUCUGUGGCGAGGACAAGCCUCAAGCUGCUGAGACCGCUAAGGCCCCUUCAGCACUGACCACUGCCCCUCUGGGACAUGACCUGAGCUCUCCUGCCUGUGCCCUCUUCAUCCGAGAGCCAGAGUCACGUCCCCUGGCCAGGAGCAAGGAGCCUCCGAGGUACAGUUGGAAAGGAGCAGCUGCCCUGACCAUCCCACCCUCUGCUCGGUCCUCUCCAGUCCCUUCGUGGGCAGAAGAAAGAACAGCCUGCCUUGUGCCAGCCGAGGAGGAGCCCAGCGCAGAGGGAGGAUGCGGAGAGACCUAACCCGGGUCUCUGUACCCAUGGGCUUCAGCUCUGAAUCUCCGUCAGCAUCCACCAGUACAAGCAGGAGUGGCUGGGCUUCCAGAAUCUGGACAAAUGAGCAGUAGCUAUCUUGAGAGACUCCUGCCUAAAGUUUCACAAGAGAGAAUAAACAACUGCAGGGAAGCCUGUGACCCAAAGCUGGGACACUAUGGAGAAUCCAGCCUCCCCCACCCAGGCUCCCCCAUUCUUUUAUAUUCAGCCCACUGUGGUGCCGGUGGGAUCCCCAACUGUUCAAUAAAAUGAUUUUUUAAUAUA